CCUGGAGCUCAGCCCCGCCUCUUCAUUGUCCUGCUCCCCUCUUCAACACCACCCCCCCCAUUGGCCCGCCCCUUGCCUUGGCUCACUCUUGGGCAGACCGGAACCUGCCCUCUCCAGGGACUCCCGUCGCCUUCCUAGCUGAGUGGAUCCUAGCACCCCUGGAGGGGUGGCCGCAGAAGAGUUCCUUCUGGACUCAGAGAAGCAGGAUCCAGGCUCCAUCAGCUCAGUUCCCCUCCACCAAGAAACAGCCCAUCGAGCAGUACCUGGUGGCGCCAUGCUUCAUAACGUCAGCAAAGGUGUGGUGUAUUCAGAUACAGCCCUGAAGGGGCAGGAUGGGGACAAGGAAGGAAUGUGGGUAGGAGCUGGGGGAAUCCUAGCCCCCAAUACCUCCUCCCUAUUUCCCCCUGAGCCUCCAGGGGCCUCAAGCAACAUCAUUCCUGUCUACUGUGCUCUCCUAGCUACUGUAGUCCUUGGUCUGCUUGCCUAUGUGGCCUUCAAAUGCUGGCGCUCACGUAAGCAAAGACAACAGUUGGCUAAAGCUCGGACUGUAGAGCUGGGGGACCCUGACCGGGACCAAAGGCAUGGUGACAGCAGUGUCUUCGUGGAUUCUCCUCAUGGUCUGGAGCCCUGUAUUCCCAGCCAAGGACCACAUGCAGACCUUGGCUGCCGACUUUACCUGCAUAUUCCACAGCAGCAGCAGGAGGAAGUCCAGCGGCUCUUGAUACUGGGGGAACCUGCCAAGGGCUGGCGGGGGCUGGCAGGCCAACUGGGCUACCAAGCUGAAGCUGUGGAAACCAUGGCCUGUGACCAGGACCCAGCCUAUGCCCUGCUAAGGGACUGGGCUGCUCAAGAAGGCAGUAGAGCAACCCUCAGAGUGCUAGAGGAUGCUCUGACUGCCAUAGGCCGAGAAGAUGUGGUCCAGGUUUUGAGCUCACCAGCUGAGGGCUGCUCUGUGGUGUGAGUGACACAUCCCAGGGCACUUCUCCAGCUUCAUAAAAGAUCCAGCCACUUCAUUGGGGGGGAUGGGUAAGAGCAUGGGGCAUGGCUUUCCCCACAGGUCCUCUUUAUGUGCUCCAGCUAUUUUUUCUAUUUCUUUUUAAAAUCACGUAUUAAAGGCACCUUUGGAUUUUUUGUUCUA